UUGGCCAUUUCUUAAUUAACAAACUCGAAUUAUUUGCUUGUCAAUUAAAUUGAAAUAAAGCCCGACACAGGUAGUUAGAGUUGUGAAUAAAACCUAGUCAUGAAGUCUGAAAAGGUUUGAAAGAUGUUGUGUUAAGCUUUAUACAAGGUAUCACCAUCUUCUAUUUCCAUGCUACGAGAAAAAAGAACAGGUGGGUGGGGGGGAAGGGCAGACAUAGUUUCGCCUGCGAGGUUCCUUUUAAAAGGUUGUCGGCGGCUAGGUAUAAUAUAUCUGUUACUUCUUUUGCUAAACGGUAAAGGCAAAUAUACCCUUGUACUAUUAAAAAGGUCAAAUAAUUAUUCAUUAUAUUUUGGACUCAAAUAUACUCUUAGCUUAUACUAUUUGAUCCUUUUUCAAUAGUACAAGAGUAUAUUUAGCCCUUUUCCGUUUGCUAAAACUGGUAUUCAUAUAUAUAUUUUUAUCAACUUAUAUGAUUGGAUAGUGUUGCUUAAUCAGCAAUGUUUAGUCCCAAUGCUGAAGAGAAUACGUAUAUUAAAUCAAAUUUAUAAAUUUUGGUAAUUAAAUUUAUAUUUCUUUUAUAUGAAUGGAAGUCUAAUCAGGAAUGCAAGAACGAAUGGACAAUUUGAAUUAGAGUUUAAGUUGGUGUAUUAAGAGUGUAUAAGCUUUUUUAUACUAUUAGAUAAAAUUGAUCUACAAUAAUAGGCAGAUUCAAGAUUAUAAAAUAUUAAUUAUAUUACCAGGUCAUCAAAGGAUAUUUGUUAAAAUGCCUUGUCAAGAAAAUAAAAGAAAUAUAAAUUUAAUUACCAAAAUUUAUAAAUUUGAUUUAAUAUACGUAUUCUCUUCAGCAUUGGGACUAAAUAUUGCUGAUUAAGCAACACUAUCCAAUCAUAUAAGUUGGUAAAAAUAUAUAUGAAUACCAGUUUUAGCAAACGAAAAAGGGCUAAAUAUACCCUUGUACUAUUGAAAAAGAGUCGAAUAGUAUAAGCUAAGAGUAUAUUUGACGAAUAAUUAUUUGACCUUUUUAAUAGUACAAGGGUAUAUUUGCCUUUACCGUUUAGCAAAAGAAGUGACAGAUAUAUACCUAGCCGCCGACCACCUUUUAAAAGGAACCUCGCAGGCGAAACUGUGUGUGCCGUUCCCCCCUCCCACCUGUUCUUCUUUUUUCUCGUAGCAUGGAAAUAGAAGAUGGUGAUACCUUGUAUAAAGCUAAACACAACAUCUUUCAAACCUUUUCAGACUUCAUGACUAGGAUUACAAAAUUUGAUGAAUUAGCAGAAGUGGGAAGUAGAUUACUAGUUAAUUUUCAACAAGGACUCGAGUAUCUGCGGCGCCAACCAAUUGAAAAGAAUUCUGAAUUGGUCGACCGCAUUAUUAGAGAUAAUGAAACCGAGAGGCUUUCCUCCUACAUUGAAGCUGGAUGUUUGAAUGCUCAUGAUUCUGUACAAAAUAUGUCCAAGUUACAUACAUGCCACCUUGGACUUCAGGAUCACGUAAACAAAGCAAAGUGUGUAGUUGAUGAACUUGCAUGUCUUCUAAAGGAUGCGGAAGCUAUAGUGCAAUCGAUAAACUGUAGUUUGGCUCAAAGGGGGGAACUAAAUGUGGACAAUGGUGCAAAUUCAUUGGUAACCUCUCAUGAUGGAACAGAAGCGCAAUCUAUUGAUCCUCUGAAACAUGAGGUCAUCGAUACUGCAACACUAAUGGCAAUAGUGUACUCCAUGGUAAAAGUGACUACACAAUGCAGGAAAAGAUUGUUUCUUCCCUUAACCUCACUUCACCUUCUGGAGAAUUGGAGAGCUACUCCAGCAUGUGGUCUUUGCGCCCUGACAUAGACGAUGAAAUCAUGCAUAAAGCCUGGAAACUUGUCCGCAAAUUCGUUUUCUUCUUGUUUCUUAUUGGUGAAAGAUCAUCAAAUAUCUUUAUUAUAUCAGAAAAAAGCUUUACUAUAGCUUUCUUUCUGGAAAUUUGUUUGAAGCCGUAGCAAGAUGCAGUUUGGAGAUACCAAAAAAGGACAGAACAGAAAAAGUACCGAAAAUCAUAUGAGUUCGUGGGGGUGAAGAAGAUUGUGAUAUUGUAGAUUAUUAGUUAUUGGUUCAAGUAAUAUGACUGCUAUGGCACUGAAUCAAGUGGAUGUACACAUUUACUUCUUUCUUUCGGGAUUUACAUAGUGAUUUUUUCGCUUUCACUUUCAAACACCUUCUUCUAAUUAGAGUCGUUCUUUCAUAAAUGAUCACACUGAGUCAAACUUAAUAGAAUUUCAUCAAUUUUAUUUUCUGU